GUGACCAGAAGCGUUCUGGGUACAACCUCGGACAGAAACGUUAGCUCCAGCAAUGGCAGUGCUCCAAGUGGCAAUGCAUCCAGCACACCCAGCACAUCCAGCACAGUGAGCUCUGCGAAUGUAUCAAGCUCCGCGAACACCUCCAGUGCGCAAAACAUCAUCCAGAACGGUCUUGUGGAUGGCAAGGUUAGCACCCUUUACUGGGCGGAGAUUGACCGUGCCAUCGCCGCAGCAGGCCUUGUGACGCCGAAGCCACCGUCUCUGAAUGACGUGGGUCCGGCUCCCACGCCUGAUCCGUACACCUCCAUCCUGGGCGUCCAGAAGACUGCAUCAAGCGCA